CGUUGGCAUCACGAGGGUUAUUUUCCACAACCGCUCCAUGGGAGCCGCGCUUCCUUUCUGGCGUCCUCAAGGUGAUGUUCUUCUAUUUGGAGCUCUACAAUUAUUUGCUGGUGAAGCCGGAACACUGCGGGCCGGGCUAUCAUGAGCACCUGCAGGACCAGCUGAGGCAGAAGGUGGAGGGCACCGUGCAGGACAAAGCCGGCUUGGUCAUCACGGUGGCGGAGUGCGAGGCCAUCGAUAAGGGCAAGCUGCAUGAAGGCACUGGCCUCAUCAUGGUGCCGAUGAGAUACAAGGCCUUGGUGCUGAACCUCUUCAAGAAUGAGGUGCUAGACGCAGAGGUCACGGAGGUCAACAAGCUAGGCUUCUUCUGUGAGGUGGGCCCCGCUCGCAUCUUCGUGUCCAAGACUCUGGUGCCGGAAGGCUGGAGCUACUCCGAGGUGGAGGUCAGCGGAGCUGCCAGCUUCGUGUCCCCAGAUGGGUCGGCCACGAUUCGAAGGGACUCAGCCGUGCGAGUGAAGCUGGUUGCAACGAAGCAGGACAACGACCGCCUGCAGGCGAUUGGCACCACCAAGGGCGAGUUCCUAGGGCCUUUCGAGAGAGCCUGAAGGUGGCGCGGAGAUAAAGCCGUGGCGCGGUUGGCGAACU